GGCGUGCACCCGGGAGGAUGAGUACGCUACACCCGGAAGUGUCUCGGGUGAACGGAAGGUGGUGGCCUCACCGCUAUGGGCCGCAACAAGAAGAAGAAGCGAGAUGGUGACGACCGGCGGCCCAGGCUAGUUCUCAGCUUCGACGAGGAGAAGAGGCGGGAAUACCUGACAGGCUUCCACAAGCGGAAGGUUGAGCGGAAGAAGGCAGCCAUUGAGGAGAUUAAGCAGCGGCUGAAAGAGGAGCAGAGGAAGCUUCGGGAGGAGCGCCACCAGGAAUACUUGAAGAUGUUGGCAGAGAGAGAAGAGGCACUGGAGGAGGCAGAUGAGCUGGACCGGCUGGUGACAGCAAAGACGGAAUCGGUGCAGUACGACCACCCCAACCACACAGUCACCGUGACCACCAUCAGUGACCUGGACCUCUCCGGGGCUCAGCUGCUCGGGCUGACCCCACCUGAGGGAGGGGCUGGGGACAGGUCCGAGGAGGAGGAGGCAUCCAUGCCCACCAGAGCCUUGCCGAGGAAGUCCAGAGACCCCCUGCUCUCUCAGCGGAUCUCCUCUCUCACAGCAGCACUGCAUGCACACAGCCGCAAAAAGGUCAGGAGGAAACAUCCCCGCAGGGCCCAGGACUCCAAGAAGCCCCCAGGGGCCGCUCGUACCAGCAAGGCCCAGCGUCGCCGUCUGACAGGCAGAGCACAGCACAGCGGGGAGUGAGGCUGAGAACCAAGCUGUGCUCCAGCCUAGGCUGCGGGGACCUGGCUUUUGUCAUCUUGCUGUCCCUGUCGUCCAGCCUGCACCAAGGUGGUGACUGCACAGCUCAAAGUUGGGAAGCCAGGAGCCCUCUGGCCUAGGGCCAGCUACCUCUGCCUGGGGUUUGAAUUCCAGAAGGAGUGGGCAGCUGAGCGCAGCCUCCCCCAGGAAGAGCCUUCAGAGCCACGUUGGGGCAACUUCCCAAAUGUGCGCCCCACCUGGCACUCAUCAAAUUUGGGAAACUCAUCAGAGAUUUGUGCACUUGUGAUUUGUUUGCCCCUGAUACCACGUGCAAGGGCAGCUUUCUGGGGUGGUGGACAUGGCUCUGUCCCCUGCAGUUUUCCCUGUGGCUGCAAUAAAGUCCAGUUCUGCUUCUGUUAAGGUGCU